UUAUUGGUAUGAAUUGAAAUUCUCGGAUUUAUUCAAGUUCAUCAAUGCCGAUGGUCGCUAUCAAUGUCCACGUUAUAAUUGUUUAAAAAGUUAUAAAGAUGCCAGCUCUCUACAGCGACAUAUCAGAUCACUUGGAGUUUUUCAAUCUGUCCGAUGACUUGAAGGAAAAUGAAAAUGAGAAACAAAAUGCCAAUGCCUUUAUCAUAAUGGUAGAUGAAUUGCGAGAACUGGAUCAUGGCACCUUGACCUCUCCGCCACAUCCUUUUGGCAAUGAGACGGCCUCUGCCAGUCGUGUGGCUUCUGAGCCGGCUCCUAUGCGUUGCCCCAGCCUAGAUUCAUGUCAUUCACGUGAUAAAUUUCUUAUAUCGAUGGUCAAUGAGUUUCUUAACGACACCGAUGACACCGUUAUUGAAGAGUCAACAGUCACAAAAUCCUCUCCCUUAAAUAUCGAGUAUAUGCCAGAGCACCAGAGCGAAGUGGAGAGUUUGAUGGAUUUCCAUCACAUAAAGGAACUUCAAGCCAAUAGUGAUGUCAUAACGUCACCCCAUGCAACGGAGGAUAUGGGCGUCUCAACUGUGGUGGUGCCAACCAGCAGUCUGUCUUCACCUCUGUUUACCUUGGCAACGGCACCCAGCACCUCGUCCCGUUCGUUAUUGACCAACGAGCAUGCAUCCACUGAAAUGCCCACCCUACUUUUGACCGUGAGAAAAGACACUACUACCAGCCCCAAUGCCAUCAGCACCGCAACUAAUAUGCGAGAGAUAUCCUAUCAACGCUUUGGACGCCUCAAUCGCAAUCUGCCAGCCGAGGUGCACAAUUUCAAAUGCCACUUGUGUGCAUUCUCCUGCAAACGCAAGGAGCUGCUACUGCAACAUUUCCAAGAUAAGCAUCCUACUUAAAGAAAAGAAGAGUGAAUAGGGUAAAUAGUUUAGUCGGUACUAAGUACAUUUUACAAUAAAAUUUCAAAAUUUUAGCAUCUAGAAGUUGUAAGGGAAAUAAUUUCCCUCCACACACAUACACAACUGAAAGUAUUAAAUCAAUAAAAAUCCAAAUUUAAAUUACCUAUUGCCAAAACAACAACA